UGGUCGUCGCGAAUCGCGAUUGUUUCGAAAAAAGUUGACAAUUUGAAAGGUGCGUGUGUUUUCCGAAUAGUUUCUGACGAAAUUUAUAUUAAAUUUGUGCAUUUUUGCGUACGGUUCCUUCAGAAAUCGUGAUUACUCUUUGCUGAAUUAUUCUUAAGUGUGUCAAUCUGGCUGGUAUUUGAGAAGAUAGACUGCAGCAGUAAGGUAAAGUUGGACAGGUCAAAUAACCGGCUCGAGCAAAUUUCAGAUACCGUUGUUUAUUAUUGAACGAUGGAGGAACGUACUGGUAUGGAACGUAUCUACGGUGGCUGCGAGGGACCGGACGCAAUGUACGUGAAACUAAUCUCAUCAGAUGGUCAUGAAUUCAUAGUGAAACGGGAACAUGCGCUCACCUCGGGAACAAUCAAGGCGAUGUUGUCCGGGCCCGGUCAGUUCGCGGAAAACGAAGCGAACGAGGUCAAUUUCAGAGAAAUACCCUCACAUGUUUUGGAAAAGGUUUGCAUGUACUUCACGUACAAGGUACGCUAUACUAACAGUUCGACGGAGAUCCCAGAAUUCCCGAUCGCUCCGGAAAUUGCGCUGGAACUUCUAAUGGCUGCUAACUUCUUAGAUUGCUAGAAAUAUUACCCGUGUGCGAUUUCGUACUAAACGGGAACACAUAGGCCCUCAAAAGCGUGUAAACGUCGACGAAUGAAUGGUGAAAUAUAAAGAUCAGCUGAUGAUAUCUAUUGUAAUCGAAACAACUGAACUCGAAAAUUGUGCUCUUGAUGUUAGUACACUACAAAAAAAAAGGUUAUUAACAAUUUACGAAAACUUUCGUUCGUCUUUUUUGAAUUCUGGUCAAAAUUGCUUUCUGGUUUGGCAAUCAUGUAAAUGAUUUUUUUUCUAAUGAAAGAUUCUUCGAUAGUUUUCGAUGUUGAUUUCAGAAGUAAUUAAAUUUUUUGAUAUAUUUGUGCGAAAACAUUUUUUGUACGUUUAGUUUUCUAACUCUUCAAAACAUUAAACUUUCUUCAAAAGUCAAUUGGAACUAUUCAUAUAUUUUGCUUUGUAGAAUUUUAAAGCUUUGCUGUUAACCAUAAUCACCAGGAUGUUGCGAAAUUUGAAAGUUCGUGUAUUCAGAUAAUUCAAAUCGUGACACAUCCAAGAGGGAACUUGUGCAUAUUUAAAGUCUUAGGAUUAUAAGUAUUGUAAUUUAUUCGUUAUGCGUUGGUUUCAGUUUCAGGUUGCUUGAUACACAGACGCUAAUUGUGAGCGAUUAUUUUGAUAUAGACUAAAGAUGAAAAUUUUCUAAAAUCAUAAAAUACAAAAUUUAAUAAAAAAAAUCCAAAAUAACUCAACCCUAUAUAGCUAUUUCUCAAAUGAGCGUACAUGUCAUUUUUCGAUGUGUGCCUAAACAUUGACUGCAAGAUUGCACUCCUACUUCUUUAAUAUGUCUUAAUCAAUUAGUUUGUUAAUAUGAUAGGAAAGAAUAAUUACAAUGGAGUGGAACUAAUGUAAUAGGAAACACAAUUUUUGCAGCUUAUUGUACUGAGUUGCGGUGUGAAAUGUACACAAGUGAGUACAUAGCAGUAAUAAAUACAAUGCGGACAUGGA